GUUCUGAGGUAGACAUUUUAAUCGCUACUUUUAUUACUAGCUGCUUAUUUGGGUUGUUAUGUCUGUUAUCUGGGUGGGAGAGAGAGCGUCAUCAACAAGAUGCCGCUUGUUUUAUUUCUUUAGGAGGUCUAGUGCUCAAAAACACGCCCAUUCUACAGUUUCACGCUCCUGGGCCCUCCCUAUAUGGAUCUAGCAGCCUAUUACCUACUUCAGUCUCCGCCCAUAUCACAACAGUUCGAUUUUAUCGAGUUUCAUUGUUAUGCAAAUACAGGACGCCUGAAAAAGAACCCUCGCCCGCGCUCGAAGGCAGAGACUGACUGGGACCGCUCUACGAAGAGGCACGGCAACGGGGAACGCGGAGGAUUACCAAAUCACCCCUUGCCAGAACGCGGCGGCUUCAGGGGAAUCAAGGUGGGGACGUAUGAAGCGCAGUCAGGGGGUAAAUAUCACGAGAAGACCCUGCCUCACUCCAUCGGCCUGUUAAUCGACGUGUUUUUGGAGAUACUGACUUUGAAAUACUUUCAUUCACGAUUUAGGAAAAGCUAGUUCUAUUGCUUAACAACUGCAAUAACCCUGGUGCUGCUACUACAACGGAGGAAGCGGAAGGAGAGACUACAUAUUACACUUUAUUUGGAUUUCUUUAAAGUACCUUUUAAAAGAGUUUUUUUUAAGUUUAAAAAAAUUGUAGGGGCUUGGAUUGCUCAGCCAUUGAAAAUAUUUUGCACACCGAGUGUGUUAAUUUCUCUGUCCUUUUUGGGAUAUACCUGUCUUAUUUCUCAAAAGUCCCACUGCACAUCCAAGUAUUUGACUGGUAUUAAUCAGUAGCAUUUAAUUCCUUUCAACUUCAAGAGUGCAACCGUCAGGCCGAUUCCGACAGCGACAGACAGGGUCACCAUUCGCAUUCCGAAUCAAUUUACAUCAUGAGCCAGGCGGAUAUAUCUACUUGUUCUGCACCACAGAGAGUAUUCCAAGAAGCAGUGAAGAAUGGCAACACAAAGGAACUCCACUCUCUCCUCCAGAACAUGACAAACUGCGAGUUCAAUGUCAACUCCUUCGGGCCAGAAGGGCAGACGGCGUUGCAUCAGUCAGUCAUUGACGGAAAUCUCGAACUUGUCAAAUUGCUGGUGAAAUUCGGGGCCGAUAUUCGUCUGGCCAACAGGGAAGGGUGGAGUGCCUUGCAUAUUGCCGCUUUCGGAGGACACCAAGACAUAGUCCUAUACCUCAUCACAAAGGCAAAGUACUCCUCUGGUGCACGGUGAGCCGUUUUCUUUGCUGUCAGGUAAACACGGAGAACCAGGCUAUUGUAAACCUGCGUUUCAAUUUACCUAGGUGUGCCAAAAAAGACGGCCACAUCCCGUUUCUUUAAAGCCAAAUGGGGUCUUUCCUACUCGUGAAUCAAACACCACAUGGUUCUCCCUGCUUUCAGCACAAAUCUUGAAAAAAAAGUGAACGCCCUGCUGUUGCGUUGGUACUUAAGCAUUUUUGAAUGUGUAAAUAGACCAGAACGGUUAAAACAUGUUGGUGUCCUCACUGAAGCUAGACCCCUUCUUGCCGCUGUUAAAAUGAAACGCUUCUUUAUCGGGCUUUGUAUGACGUGUUCACCUGUAGCCACCGCUCACUCGUAUGUCCCCUUUAAAUUAUUUGUUAUUAGAAUAAAGAUGGCACUUGAUGCUGUAUCUGCAUGCUGGAAUAUCUGAAAGGGAAGAGGUGAACACGGGAAUGAAGACCAUCUGUCUGGUUAAAUGCUGUUUUCUUAACAUUUGGGUUUAUUAUCAAUUAACGAUUUGGUAUGAUUUAUAAAAAGCGGCAUUAAGAUGUCACAUUUACAUUUUAAUGAAUCCAUGAUUAUAACACUUGCCUAAAAGUUAAGUACUGUACAAAAUAGCUUUACUUUGUUUCUUUAUAUAGAAAAGUAGAUGCGCUCUGCCCUCGCCAAGCAAACGAGUGGCUUUGGCCCAGUAAGACGAGAGUCAAUGGUUAAUGUGUUGUACCGCUGCUUUCGCUUUGUAUCAAAACGUCAGGAAAGUCGCAUUUGGAAUAUACCUUAUAAUCUCCUUUCAGUAUUUUAUUAACGCCCUGGUCAUUACUGUGAAUGCAGGCUGGGUUUUUAUUUAUGAAGGUACAUUGAGAAGUUGCAUUUAAAUUAUGUUGUGGUUCUUAACAAAUUUGUAGGUUAAAGUAUUUAGGGUGACUUGAUGUCUAAGCUGCUUCGGUCUUUUAAUAUAUACGAUCCCUCGAGGAGAUCCCACAUCACGCCUAAAUUUGUAUCUAACCAUUGUUGAAAGUACAUUUAAAGUAAUUAGUCCUCUAGCCUACUCUCUGUUUGGUUUUCUCUGCCAGCUACCUCGACUGUAUAGUAUUCAAAGGUAUUAGACGUGUUCACACGGUUAUUGCAAGAUAUCAGCAUUUGAUGUCACAUCGGGAUUUGAUUGAAGUAUAUUUGAGUCGGAAUCAUUUGAUAUUUGCUCGUUCGUCACUCGCUGCAUAAUGUUUUUAAUUUGAAAAGCCUACGGUAGCAUGGACAUGAAAUUCAACUAUCAUACAAUUUGAAGAGUGGUCGUGUAUUUUAAUUUUGUUAAAUCAAAUGAAUGUGGUGUAAUAUAAUGGGAAUGACUAAAAGUAAAGCUGACUAACUUCCCCACCCACAAAAUCAGUACGAGCUUUUGGUCCUCAGUCGGAAUUUAUUUCCCACAAUACAACCAAACUUUUCUGUCGAGUAAGUUACAUAUCGUUUAUUUAUGUUUUUCUUCUAACGGCAUGGUAAAAGAAUUGCAAGUGCUAGUUUAGCAGCUGAACGCAUAUUAUCGUUCCAUAUUCUGUUUAAAUUGAUCUUUAAUGUUGAUUUAGCUUAAAGAAAGUAGAAUUUAAUGCAUGACUUAAAUGCAGGGAGCUUUGUUGCACAAAAGCGAAGCCUUGUAUGCCCCCUAGUGCCUGUUUUGGUAACUCCAGGAGCUGAGGCUAACGAAUAGUUGUCACUACUGAACAGGACAUUAAACUUUAUUACUGUAUUAUGAAUCUUAUCAUUAAUUCCACAUGACUAAAGCAGGAGAAUCGACAAAUACAAACUGCUGCAUUUGGAAGUCAUGGCACCCUAAUGUUCGUUUCAAUGCUGCUUAUAUAUAACUUUUUUUGUUUUAAAUUCAAAGGCCACCAGUGAGAAUGAAAAUAGGAUUACAUCACGGAUAUUUGAUGACGUGUGUGUAUGUGUGUCUGUGUUGCAUGCAUUU